UAGCCUUGAACUUAACUCCUUAUUCCCACAGAGGUUAUUCCAAUAAAGUCUUUUCCUGAAGUGUCGAGAAAUAUUUUUGAAAGGUGUGGUACCCAAACUGGUUAAUCGAUUAGUUGUAACUGUUGUUAUUUGUUUUGAAUUUGGAUUGAACGGUGAUAAACAAUGACUAAUGUAAUUACUGUAGUCAACAGAUAAGUGUAAAAUUUGUAUAUAUUCAAGUGUAUCGUACGAUUAAAAUAAUUGUGACUAUAAUAAAAAAACUGGAGUGCAAAGUAAGCUUUUGUUAUGUUUUCAGUAAACGGUCAACUCUUGAAUGGAGCUCUCGGAUUCAUCGCUUGUGUCUAUGAGUUUAGGAGAUUCUGACGGAUUUGGUAGUCUUUUGGGAUUAAAUCUCGAUAGAACUCAUGCUUUGGAAGCUUUAGGGACAAAACGUAGAAGCAGUUCGAGAUCCAUCAAGCGGAGGCGGUUCGACGAUGAGCUGGUGGAGUCCAGCCUGGGCGCGCCGGCUGGUUUCGGCAACAAGUUGGGACGAGCACGCACGCAGUCCGUGUCCAGCCCUGCACUAGCCUCGGAGAUUGUCUCUCCGCCGAGCUCCUCUGCCAUGCCCUCGGCGAUGCUCCCCGCUGCCCUGCUGGAGAGCCGCCAGCGUCGCAACAGCAGCAAGCCCUCCGGGGGCAGGCGCAGUCGCCGCCCGCGCCACCCCCACUCCAUCGCGACCAAGGACCUGGGGCGCUGGAAGCCCACCGACGACCUGGCGCUCAUCAUCGGGGUCCAGCAGACCAACGACCUGCGCAUGGUGCACCGCGGGGUGAAGUUCUCGUGCCGCUUCACGGUCCAGGAGCUGCAGCAGCGCUGGUACACGCUGCUGUACGACCCCGCCGUGUCGCGCGUCGCCGUCGCCGCCAUGAGGAACCUGCACCCGGAGCACAUCGCCGCCAUCCAGGGCCGCGCGCUCUUCAGCAAGGCCGAGGAGGCCCUCAUCGGCACCGUCAAGUCCACGUCGCAGCCGACGCUGGCAGUGUUCCAGGAGUUGGUGCAGCAGAACCCGCAGGUGCUGUACCCCGGCCGCACCGCCAAGGCCAUCUGCAACCACUGGCAGCUCAUGAAGCAGUACCACCUCCUCCCCGACCAAUCAGUGUCGUCGCUGCCGCGCGGGGAGCACGUGCUCAACUUCUCGGACGCGGAGGAGCUCAUCAACGACGCGGAGCUGGCCGAGCCCCCCGAGGAGAAGCUGGAGACGGAGCUGGCCUUGUCGGACAGGCAAGCGAAGAACGAGAUCAGGCACCUGGAGAACGAGCUGGGACGCUGGCAGGUGCUGGUGGACACCGUGACGGGCAUCAGCCCCCCGGACUUCGACAACCAGACUCUGGCCGUGCUGAGGGGCCGCCUGGUGCGGUACCUCAUGCGCUCCCGCGAGAUAACGCUGGGGAGGGCGACGCGGGACCAGAACGUGGACGUGGAUCUCGCGCUGGAGGGCCCGGCCUGGAAGAUCUCCCGUCGCCAGGGGACGAUACGCCUGCGCAACAACGGGGACUUCUUCCUCUCCAGCGAGGGCAAGCGCCCCAUCUACAUCGACGGCCGGCCCAUCCUCACGGGCAACAAGUACCGCCUGAACAACAACUCCGUGCUCGAGAUUGCAGGACUGCGCUUCGUGUUCCUGGUGAACCAAGACCUGAUCAACGUGAUUCGCCACGAGGCGGCCAAGCUCAACUUGCAGCCGUGAGACGCCGCGCAGCGUCGGGAACAUCGCGUCUCGCCGUACCAACGCGCUCCUGUUGGACGGCUGGACUGUUCUCUGACAUGUGCAAGCAUGACUUUCGAUGCGGUAUAUUGUUCAACCUUUUUCUUCGUGGUGGCAGAUAUAAAGUAGCCAUCCUAAAUAUCUUAUUCUUUCAGUUAAAAGACAGUUAUGUUGGCUGGAUGAGGGAGUAAUAUGACAAGGCUUUAGGUAGAGCUAACCUUGAGCUGCUAGUGACCGUCACCAUUUUCUGGGGAUAUGAGACGCUGAAGUUACAGCAUGUGCUAUAGUUAAUCACUUUCAAGAACUAUUAUAAGGUGCGUUUCCACUGAGGCAACAUUUCGGCAACAUUUUGAAUGCGAAAAUGUUGCUUAGCCCUGAGCGUUUUCACUGGUUCAACAUAUGUCGCACGAUCAAGCAACGGUGUCAAACGCAUCACACUGUCCGAGAAUCGUGUUCGCGCGUCGCCAGUUGUCAUCGUGCUUCCCACCCUGGUUGGGAAACAGGUGACAUGUGGAAGAACGUGCGAGUGGUCCAAGGAAAGACUGUAGCUCUGAUUGAGUAAUAUACAGUAGGCAGUUGCCAAUACUGUGGGAUGUUCCGUUUCCACAAAAAAAAAUAAAAAUGCUGUGAAAGAAUGGCGGCUUAGUUUAGGUGUGUGGUAGCAGAAAAAUAUUAUUUUAAUGGGAAGAUAAAUUCAUAGAUAAACUUUAGCAAUUUUUAGCUGUCUCUAGUUGUCAGAAACCCUAGCAUUACCAAUAAUAUUACUUCUGGUGGUACUAAAAACUGCUAAUUGGUUUCAGAUUUGUUUAUUUUUGGCUCACAUUUUUCUUUAACAGUGGUCUGUAACCCGGCCGUCAUGCAGCCUGUCAUGUGAAAUUUGGGGCGGGCCCACUGACAAUUCUAUUUUUACUUCCUAAAUAUGAUUUGUAUGGUCAAAGUUAAAAUUUAAUACUUUCAUUUAUUUAGUUUCAAUAUAUGUUUUUUUAUCAUAACUUUAUAUUUUCAGAAAUUUAUUUUAUAAACAUUGAAAAUAUUGGUUUGGCAGACCUAAAGUGUAGCCUAGUUUAAUAUAAAACCUGUUUGAUUUAAAUGUAAUUGAUUAGUUUUAAGUUACUUUUUCAUCUAGCAAAAUGACAAAUGAUCACGAAUACAAAAAAAAACAUCGUAAUGAAUACGGAUAUGGUACAUUUAUCGUGUAUGGCACAGUACAGCCCGCAACAAAUAGCCUAAGAAACAAUUGUCCCUAUAUUCUAAAAAAAAAGUUGAAGACCGCUGUUAUAAAAUGUUACGAAAAUCAUCUUGAAGUCACAUACAUACAGCAUUCAAGAAAAAAAUUGCAACAGCUGCUGUGGUCUCUUCCAUUUUAACGAACAGCUGCAUGUAUUUGUGGAAACGGUUUUGUAGAAGAGACGGGAAGCAUGUUGCCUUUUCAACGUGUCGCACGAGACAUGUGGACAAGAUGUCAUCCGUUGCAUGCUGCCUCAUUGGAAACGCGCCUAACGAUCUUUCGAUGCAAAAACAAUUGCCCACCUGUUUGCCUUGUCAUUCUUUACGUUUUCAGAAUGAACAUGCAGAAAGAAGACAAUAAUUAUUUAGCAAUUGUUGACAGUGUUUCUCCGGCAACUUAAAAAAAAUUUUGUUAAGCGCCCUGAAAGUGUACACAGUACAUAACGUACAGAAUUUUUAUUUCCUCGCCAUGUUGCAAUUGCCUUUUGCUCUGGGAUGAUACAUAUUGGUUAAGUGAUUGUUUAACAGAGUUAUUGAGAUUGCUUCUUUGUUAUGACAUCCAUAAUUAGAUCAUAAUUUACUGUAAGUAAAGGGCAUUGCGACUUUGUGAAUUAAGACUACUGAUUGAUUUCAAUAUAGGUUUGUUAUUUGCAAUGAGUAUGUUAUUUCCUUUUUUUACGAGGAUUAUAAUUUUGAAAUAUGAUUUUAUUUUUUUUGCAUGGUGUACUGACUAAAUUAAUAUAUGCUUAAUCAUUAUGUUAGGAUGUUAUACAUCAAUAAUGUUUGAAAAUGAAUUGUACUUCUGAGUCUGAUACAAUGCAGGAGGUUUGUGUUAUAGAACUGUUUGAGACGCAAAUGUUAGUUCGUUAUUGGUAGGAAAAACCAUUUUUACGAUCCUACCACUUGUAUUUAUAUUGAUUUUUUUUUUUGAAUGCUGAACACAAUGCAUACAUUCAACUUAAUCUAUGUGUAGUAGUUUCUUAUGAAGAGUUGCCUUAAUACAAUGUAAUUAUACAUACCUACUCUUGUUACUGAACUAGUCAUGUAAUAAAAGUGAUAUACGUA